GUCUCUGCCGCUCGUGAGGAAGUCCCCGGUCGUCGAGGUUACCCCGGUUAUAUGUAUACCGAUCUCGCGACCAUCUACGAGCGCGCCGGCCGUGUCGAAGGUCGCAACGGUUCUAUCACUCAGUUCCCCAUCCUGACAAUGCCUAACGAUGAUAUCACUCACCCCAUUCCUGAUCUAACGGGUUACAUCACUGAGGGCCAGGUCUUCGUUGAUAGAUCUUUGCACAACCGACAGGUGUACCCCCCGAUCAACGUCUUGCCCUCUUUAUCGCGUUUGAUGAAGUCUGGUAUUGGUCGUGGAAUGACUCGUGAGGACCACCCCAGUGUGUCUGAUCAGCUCUAUGCUAACUACGCCGUUGGUGUCGAUACUCGUGCUAUGAAGGCUGUUGUUG